ACAGAAAUUGGGCCUAGAGUUUUGGAGUUGGGGCCGUCCCUGCUCCGGCGCAGAUCAGGUGCAUCACAAUCUUCAUCUUCUAGUUCCAAAAUUUUGCUUCAGAGGAAAAUCGAAAGGUUCCACAAAAAUGUCGAGUCCCGUGGCUUCCCCAAAUAAACGCUUCAAAUCAGAAGUAGAAGCUAACAAAGACGACGACGAUGAUAACCAAGAUGAUUGCUGCGGAAUUUGCUAUGUCGAACGCGGAGUUUCUAUUCCGGGAGAGAUCGAUUCCUGCAACCACUAUUUUUGCUUUGUUUGCAUUAUGGAAUGGGCUAAGCACGAAUCUCGAUGCCCAAUCUGUCGCCAGAGAUUCUCCAACGUUCGUAGACUCCCUAAACAUGGCCUCUUUUCUUCCUCUCGGGACGUUAAGGUCCCUCUCCGUGACCAGGUUUAUCAUCCUCAUGGAAAUAUGACAAGUGGUCCUGUUGAUUCUUAUGCUGAACUCAAAUGUUGUGUUUGCCAUGUUGAGAAAGAUGAAAAUCUUAUGCUAAUUUGUGAUCUUUGCGAUACUGCUUCACAUACAUAUUGUGUUGGCCUGGGCUACUCCGUUCCCGAAGGUGAUUGGUUUUGUCAUGAUUGUGCUGUUUCCCGGGAGAAUAAUAUUAACAAAGAGUUAGACCAACAAAAUGUUGAGCAAACGGUGGACCCUGGUGUAACUAUCUUAAAUAUUGUGAGAGGAACAAGCGGCCAGGUUGUUAGAAGACCGAAGGCAUCUCCUAUACGACAAAACUGUCCGUCUUCUUCUGUUAUUCCUUUACUUGACAGGGUGAGUAGAUCUGAAGGUAAAAAACCUGUGUCGGGAGUUCAGCUUGCGCAGCGUAAUGUCCAGGUGCUUCGUGAAAAUUGGAAUUCUUUGAGAAGUGGUUCAUUAAGGUUCCAUAGCAAAUCAUUGCAAGCUGGUAGCACAAGUAGUGAAAAACAAGAAUCUAGUUCUUUAUCAUGUGGCAAAUUAGAUGAAUCACAUUCAAUGGCUUCCAAAGGUCUUCAACAAUCAUCAGUCCAAGGUGCUCAAUCUACUAUCGUGUUUAAUAGUGGUGACUUGAAAGACGAUACUCACAAAGCUUGGAAAAUGAUGGAUAGGGCGAAGAGUAUGCAAAGCACUCCUAGAAGAACUAGCAGAAUUCCACAGGGAGUGGAUGAUAAUCCCUUGUGUAGUGGGGCUAGAGAAAUAUCAUUUGCUCCCCGUAGUUGCCUAGAAUUGAAAAACCAACAGCCCAAAGCAUUAGACUUCAGGUACACCAGAAUGGAGAAGCAGUGUGACUAUUCUAGUCUCAACAAAAAUUUGGAAAAUCAUUGGUCUCCAAUGUUGGGAGAGAAAAGACAAAGUAGGGUCACAUGUGAUGAGAUGAUACAACAUUUGGGGGACCAUACUACUCAUUCAUAUGGAUAUAGGGAACAUCCAUUGCCCCAAAAGUUCCAUACAAGUACCCACAGUGCUCCCUGUCAUGAUGAAAGAAAUGCUGCGAAGGAACAAAGGCAGUCUGCUUGCUUGGUAACUUCGGCACCCUCUAGUGGCAAAUCCGGCAGUGUGUUCAUCUCUAAUAAGGAUGUGGAUAUUAUCAAUAAAGAAAAGAAGCUGGCCAAAAGCUUUGGGAAUGGGAUCACGAAAAAUAAUGAAGACGCUAAAACUGAGAUCCAGUCUCUUGUUAAACUGAACCUGAAGUGCUUAACUAGAGAUAAACAAUUAGGUGUCAAAACCUUCAAGGUAGUUGCGAGGCGAGCCACCCAUACAAUCUUGGCUGCUUGCCAUUCUGAGCAGCCAAAGUCUAAUAUUUACUCAAACUCAGUAUGCAGCCAUACUGAUCAUAUUCUGCAGUUUCAGAAAUCUAAUUUAAUGCCCAAUUGUUGCCGACAAUGCUUUAAUGUCUUUGUAAACAAUGUUGUCAAGUCCAUCAUGUUGGAAAAAGUCGGUAGCUGUUCUUGAUCUACAUUUCUUUUCGCAUUAUGUAUUUUUAUAUUUAUGAGUAUUGUUAUCAAGUAACUAUGUAAAUAAAUCUGUGUUGCCCCUUGGCUCAGGGCCUCAAGCAACUGUAUUGUAAAAUUUGUGUUGGAGGUAGGCAUGGUGGCAGUUCAAUCAUUUUACUUUUCCACCAGGAAGGAGUGAAAAAUAUACUGAGAAACCGUUAUCUUUAAAAGUAGAUAAAUUUGUAUUAUCUAACUACCACUCAAUUCAGGGGUAA